AAUAACUAAUCGAGGCUAUUGAUGCACGCGAUAUUUACUUUUACUUCCAAUCCUUCCAAGGGGGAAAGGAAUGCUUGUGCUAAGCACGAGUAUCCCUCUCAUAACUGCUUACUCUUGCCAGCCUGCUGCUAUUUUGCAUCCAGCCAAUUGGUCGCAGGGAAACUUGACUCCGGUCUUGGCAUUGCUGCAGUGUAUCGUGAGCUUUCUUGGUGUUGUGUGGCGUAUGCACCGCCUAGGCAUUUCCUCCAUCUGAUUGGAGUGGCUCAAGCAUCCAACAAAGAUUGGAAGAAAACCGAGACUGCUGCCUGGUAACAUUGCUCUGGGGAUUUUUCAGCUAAGCCUCUGUUCCGAGUGCCCGUUUUUAGCCCUCAGAGGACUAAAUGGUUAUCUGGAAGAUCGCGUUUAGAGUAAUGACGAAGUAGUCUUCGAUCCAUGAUGCGGAUACCUUCAACCCAACUUACAUCAUUUCAUGACAUCAAUACUGUACCUUACAGCUAGUGAUUACUUAUCUCAGCUAUAUGUGUGUCUCUGAUAUUCCCUGUGACGAACACUUCAUCGUGCUUCUGAAAAUGAGACACAUCAUCUUGUCUCAGACACAGAUCCCUGCGGGGCAUAGAGGAUCAUUACCGCAUAGUUCGGUAAUCGCUGCAUGAUACGUAAAAGACCAAACAGCGCCCAACCGCUGAAGAUUGAGUCAUUUUUUCUCCUUCUUCUUCUUCUUCUAAUCUAACUCAAGUGAAAUCUACCGGCAGGGGAAAAAAACGUGCGUUGAGCAAGCCACCAACACAAUGAGGCCACCUGUCGUGCAUUCCGAGUCCGCGUCGCCGGAAACCGAACCAAACGAGCCGAUUCUGGCUGAUUUGAUUGAUGAUGAGGAUGGCGAGUCGAUUUCUGGCAAUAUGUCGACGGUGUCGAUAACGAGCAGCAUUCUUGCGUACCGAAGGCGCUAUGGGAGGACGUAUGAGAAUAUUCAGUCGACGGAGUAUUGGGCGCCUAAUGAUGCGCAGCAGAAUUAUGGUCUGGAUCUCACGCAUUUCGGACUGUUCUUUACUCUCGGCGAGAAAUUGUUCCUUGCGCCUGUUGAAGAACCGAAACGUGUGCUGGAUAUCGGCACGGGGACGGGGAUUUGGGCGAUUGACUUUGGAGAUGAGCACCCAGAGGCUGAAGUCACAGGCACAGAUCUAAGUCCUAUCCAGCCAGCCGUGGUUCCUCCAAACGUCAAGUUCGUCAUUGACGAUUGUCUGCUCGACUGGACGUGGCCUAAGGACCAUUUCGACUUUAUCCACAUCCGCGCCAUGUAUGGCAGUGUUCCCGACUGGGUCGAUCUAUACAGCAAGGCAUAUACACACCUUGCACCAGGAGGCUGGAUCCAAGAUCUAGAAAUGGACGUCAAGCUUCAGUCCGAUCACGUCAAACUGCCCCCCGACCACGUCUUCAACGUCUGGGCAGACGCAUUCUACCGCGCGGGCCAGAAAAUGGGCCGUUCAUUCGACAUCUGCAGAGGGCACACGAUGCGCGAUAAUCUCAAAGCAGCAGGCUUCGUCGACAUCGUGGAAAAGAAGAUCAAGGCGCCCAUGCACUUGUGGCCCAGCGAUCAGAAACUGAAACGAGCAGGAGAGCUGUUCCUAGAGGCUCUGGAGCAGAGUGUUGAAGGGUAUGCGAAUUUGCUGCUCAUGGAUCUGCUGGGGUGGUAUAGAGAGGAGGUUGAAGUGCUGCUGGGGCUGUUUCGUAAGGAGAUGAGGGAUAAGAGUAAAUGUGCAUGGGUUGAGACGACGGUUGUAUAUGGACGGAAACCCUUUGGUAAUGAGACAACGACGAACUAGGCGACUUUGAGGGUAGCAUUGAAGAGAUCUGCUCCUCUGAUGCACAACUCCGUUGAGACAUCUUGGCCCGGCAUCAAGGUGAUAGGGGCAGGGACGGCUGUCUUUUCGAAAGCCCAUCAGAAGAGGAGGACAACGGUAGACUAUGCUCUCUGCAGCGCAACUGGAGACUUCUUGACGCAGGAGAUUGGCUCGCGAUGCUGGAUAUCAGUCCAACACCCGUCUUCAGCCUCAUCCUUGCCCCACAGGGACAUGAACAUGCCGAUACGACCAAACCCCGAAAUCCAUAUUGCCGUCAAAGUUAAGCUGUACCCAAUUCCCGUCUAUCAAGAUAUCUAAACUUCUUUUGUAAACGACAGAUGGGUGGCUUCUCACUUCCCGCCCGCCAUACCAAAAGCAGCCCUUUAUAUCAAGCCUCAUCUUGAUCAACUGAUUGACAGGUCACUUCCUGCCGAGACAACCGAGAUCUAUGAUUCAAAUUUAAACUAUGGCGGCCGAACACGAAAUGCCUGAAACGAUCAUAAGUGCAGGGGAGCUAGGGGGAAUAUGACGGGGGAGGAAUGUUGGCUGUCUCAGGGAGAGGCUUAUCGGGCUGGGUGGGAACUAAUCCGGUAGUUGGCUUUUUCAGAUCUGCGAUUUGGGAUGGGGAUGGGAAUGUAAAAAGACGAUUAUCUGUCACUGGUAGUGGGGGAUUGAUGGGACUUGGCAAAUGAUAGAGUGGAAAGGAGAUCGGGUUCAGCUCAGAUGCUUUCGGAGCGGAGGGAGAUGGAUUUGGUGACACUGCGAUCACAAUCUUCAGCAGACUCACCAAGCUGAAAUAAUAUGAUGAUACAAGAGAUAUUUUCAGAGUCUCAGUCGUAACCGAUUUGAAAUGCUGCGUUCAUGCUCUUCA